AUGCCUAUGCCUGAGUAUCCAUUCCAGCACGCCGUGGCAGAUCUGCUCCAGUUCGAAGCACAAAUUUACAUGGCAUACGCGGAUAGGCUGACUGGGUGGUUGGAAAUAGCACACUUCCCCAGUGGAGCAACUUCAAACAAGCUGGCAGCAGUGUUUCGGCAGUAUUUUUCAAGAUGGGGGGCACCUGAGUCAAUCUCCACUGACGGAGGAACGAACCUCACUAGUGAGGAGAUGUGUUCUUUCUUCAGAAGGUGGGGUGUGGAGAGACGGGUCGCAUCUGCAGAUUUCCCACAGUCAAACGGCAGAGCAGAAACUGCUGUGAAGUCUGCCAAAAGACUGCUCAGGACCCGGGGGCAGUCUGGACGUGGAUAA